AUGGAUAACAGACUGUAUUCGCUCGACGCAUCUUCUUGCAUCAGUUCGAUCCGCAUUUCCCAAUCAGGCAAAACUGUCCCGGUAGGUCAUGUGUUUUGUUUGCAUUGUUUCUGCCCUUUCGUCUUCAGCAUCAUCAUCAUCAUCAACAUCAUCAUCAUCAUCAUCAUCAAUCGCUUUUUCCCAACAUGGUUUUGUGAGCUAUUGGCCUUUGUCUGGCCUGGACUUUCUCACAGAUCCAUUCAUUUACAGCAGAGACACGCUCUCUCUUUCGGCCCAUGCAUUGAUGACGGAAGAAGGGCCGAUUGA